UCCAACCUGCAGGGUUUUAGGCUAGACCUGCUAAAAUUUGCUCCGGUGGAAAACCUUCUUUUUUCACCCGUUUGUAGUGAUGACACAGUGGAUGUACGUCGUUGAUGCUGCUCUCUCCAUGUCCUCUUUUUUCUUUAACUAGCGGAAGGUUCCCUCUACAAUUAUGGAGUUUUAGACACCUAAGUGCAGAUUUUGGGGGGAGGGGCUCCUUUCCCCUCAAGUUUGGUGGUUGGACUGCUGGAUGAGAAGGUCAGCGGUUGGAGAGUUGUUGAUAUUUUUGCCUUUUGUAAACUAUUGAAGAAUAUAUAAAGGAGUAAAACAAACUUAUUUUUGCUAACACUUAAAUGUACUUUGUAUAAAGCACAAAAGAGGUUUUGUAUUUAUUGAAUUCUUGAUGCCAUUGUAUCCUACAAGCACCUUAGGUUGUGUUCAGUUUCUGGUCGACAUGGUGGACUAAAACAAGUCACCGAAAGGACCUGGGGUUGCUAGGGUGCGGUGGAACCUCAACACAAGCACAAUUCUAGCACCCCACAACCAUCUCGGCCUUUUGUGAAUACUUUUUUUUUUUUAAAUUAUUUUCUACUUUCUUCUCAGAGAGCAGCUCUGUUAUAAUAUGAGAGGUUAGAGUUUUCAGUUUGUUACCUCAUUGUAUUUUUGAAGGUUUUUUUUGGCAAUUUUGGGUAGUGGGCAAUCAGAAGGACUGUAAUACACAGUGUGAAGAGUGAGUAGCGUCCAGGAUGAGUCUGGCACAGCCGAACUGCACCACCAAAUGCCGCUCGGAGCAGCAUGCGGGCGAAGUGGUGGCGGCGCUGACGGGCGGCUCCGAGGGGCAGCUCCGGGCGUUCCUGACGGCGCACUGCCACAACGCGGCCACGCUGCGGGACGCCUUCGGCCGCUCGGCGCUGCACAUGGCGGCCUCUGUGGGAAAGAAGGCCCUGAUGGAGUGGCUGCUGGAGAGUAAAGGCGCCGAAGCCACGGUGAAGGAUAAGGAAUCCGGUUGGACCGCUCUGCAUCGCAGCGCCUUCUACGGACAGAUCCACUGCCUCAUAUCAUUGGUCAAGUUUCAGCAUGGAUGCCUCCUGUCGACCCAGGACAAGGAGGGUCUCUCUGUUCUGGACUUAACGAUGAAGGAUCGACCGGCGCAUGUCAUCUUUAAAAAUACCGACCCGACUGAAGUAUACACAUGGGGAAACAAUACUAAUUUCAGUCUUGGCCAUGGUAAUCAGGAGAGCCGGCAGCACCCGGAGCUGGUGGAUGUGUUUGCGAGGACCGGGGUUUACAUCAAACAGGUGGUCCUGUGCAAGUUCCACUCUGUGUUCCUGUCUCAGAAAGGCCAAGUGUUCACCUGUGGACAUGGACAAGGAGGUCGACUGGGCCACGGAGAUGAGCAGACAUAUCUGGUUCCUCGGAUGGUGGAGGGUCUGAUGUCUCAUCACUGCUCUCGGGUGGCGGCGGCUAAAGACCACACGGUGGUGCUGACUGAGGAAGGCUACGUUUACACCUUUGGCCUUAACACCUUCCACCAACUGGGUCUGACUCCUCCUCCUGCCUCUGCACAUGUCCCUAAACAGGUGUUCUCCAAGAUGCUGAAAGGCAGGACGGUGAUCGGAGUGGCUGCAGGACGGUUCCACACGGUGCUGUGGACCAGGGAGGCUGUCUAUACCAUGGGCCUUAACGGAGGGCAGCUGGGUUACCUACUGGACCCCAACGGAGAGAAGUGUGUGACGGCUCCAAGGCAGGUUUCAGCCCUUCACCACAAGGAAGCGUCCAUCGCCAUGGCAGCAGCCAGUGAUGGAGCGACGGUGGUUGUGACUGAAAAGGGAGACGUCUACCUGUUGGCAGAAUACCAGUGCAAAAAAAUGGCUUCUAGGCAGCUGAACAUCAAGAAGGUUCUGGUCAGUGGAGGCAGUCUAGACCACCGAGUGGACCCACAGCUCCUGAAUGAGGGUGGAGGGGAAAAGGUCACCAUCCUGGCUUUGGAUGAAGCUGGAAGGGUGUUUUGCUGGCGUUCCUCUGGCAGCUCAGUGAGACAGUGCCGGUGGGCGUAUGGGCGUCAGGUUUUCAUGUCGGACAUUGCUCUCAGCAAAAACGGCAUGAUGUUUGUGACUCAAGAGGGGGAGGGCUUCAGCGGUGUGUGGGCCAGAGAAUACAAGAAGUAUGGAGAGAAGAAAGAGGGCAGUGUGGAGGUUUGUGGACACUCAGAUACUGUGACGCUGUAUGAGAGGAUCCGCCUGGAGAAGCUGCCCUACGUCCACAGAGCCGUCAGCAUCACCAUGGACUCCAAAGGCCGGAACUUUGGAGUCCUUCAGUCCGAUCCCAAAACCAGCUUGUACGAGGUCCCCAGCGUUUCUCCGUCCUCCUUCUUCCAACACUUCCAGAGCCUUCUGGACGACGCCGACGAAACGGACAACAUUCACGACGUGACGCUUCAGGCCGGAAACCGCACCUUCCCGGCCCACAAAUACAUCCUGUCCUCACGCUCCGAGUUUUUCCACAAACAGUUCGCGGUCAAACGCUGUGCAAUCGACGAAGAGCUGGAUAAAGAGGUGAGGAGGAGCGAAGACGCCGUGGGCUGUGACCUGCUGAUAUUGGAGAAGGUCCCCCCCGACAUGUUGGAAUACGCACUGCGCUUCAUCUACACAGACUCAUGUGAGCUCCUGGUCCACGGGGCCCGGCCCAGGGUCUCAGGGGUCCUCACAGGCCAGAAUCAGGACUCGGAACAGGAGAGGCUUAUCAGCAGCCUCCAGGACUUGGACCUGCGAGGGCGCUCGGCUUUCGACGUCUACCACUCCCUUCCCCCUCCGACCAAAGCAGACGGCGACAAGACCAAGACCAAAGGUUCCAAGCCUGGCAAGAAAGGCAAAGGAGGCAAAGGGGACAAGGCGGGAGCCAACGGGGGCGGAGCCAACCCUGUCAAAACCUUACAGGGCGUCGCCAAGAAGCUGGGCCUGGGCAGUCUGUCUGCACGAUUGGAUGGAGUCAGAUAUGAAAAUGGAAAAAUCAAUAUCGUAAACAAGAAAUCUGGAAGCAAACCCAAAUUCAGUCAGAGAAAAUGCUCGUACCUUUGUGACGUUACUCUGAAAUCUGAAGAUGGGAAAGAGUUUCCAUGUCACAAAAGUGUCCUGUGUGCAAGACUGGAAUACUUCAACAGUAUGCUUGGAAACCCAUGGAUUGAGGCUACAUCCUGCUCUGCACUGGAGAUGCCCACCAGCUCUGAGGUUCUGCAGGUCAUUCUGGAGUACAUUUACACAGAUGAAUCUCCCACUAUUAAAGAGUCUCUUAACGUGGAGUUUGUGUGUAAUGUCCUGGUGGUGGCCGACCAGCUGCUCAUCACACGGCUGAAGGAGAUCUGUGAAGUGGCCAUCACGGAGAACUUGACUCUGAAGAACGCUGCUGAGCUGCUGGAGUUUGCUGCGAUGUACAACGCUGAUCAGCUGAAACUGUCUUGCCUCCAGUUCAUCGUCCUCAACAUCGCUGCCCUGCUGGAGUCAAAAGCGCUGGAUGUUCUUAGUGAUGAAGUGCUGUUGGACCUCUCUGCAGCGUACAGGAGGAUGAUCCCAGCCAUGCAAAGGAGGAUUAUCACUCCAUACCCGGGUGCUCCAGACCUCAGUAUUUAUGAGGAGGAAGAUCUGGACUCUGCAUUCAGCCCCAAACCAGAGGCUGAAGUCGAUCACUCCUGCCGGGAAAUAUUGUUAAAAAAGGCCAAGAUCAAAGCAAAAAAGAAACCGCGACGGCGCUCCGACAGCUCUGGGGGCUACACUCUGUCCGAUAUCAUUCACAGCCCCCCUGCUGCAGUGGUUCCUCAGAGCCUGGUGAAGUCGCAGAAGGCCAACUCCACCGAGUCCCUGACGGAGCUGCUCACGUCUGACUCAGAAGGCAGCUACAUGGGGGUGGGCAGCCCCCGGGACAUGCAGUCACCCACCUUCCACGACAGAGCUGAGGAUGAGAAAUCUUUCACUCAGAGGCUGAAGACCCCACCGACCACCCCUGUUUCCCUGAAGAAUGCCCCCCAGACGCCCCCCAGCUCUGCUCCUCAACUCAUCCCCAAGGUCCUCCCCUGCCCUGCUCGUCCACCUCCGGUCCUGGAUCUGAGAACCAUCAUGGACAUGGAAGCCAACUCUCUACAGACUCUAGGAGCUACUCCUAAAAGCCCCGGAAGUAAGCAUUCCCCCGCUGCCACUAAACUGUCCCAGAAGCAGAGGAAGAUGUUGGCUAUGGCUAACAAGGAGGCCACGGUGGAGCCCACGGCGUCCAAAUCAGCCCCCGCACUCACCCCCCCCUCCAAAAGCACUGGAAAGGCCUGGGCAUCAGCGGUCCAGUCUCCUCCCUCCUCAUGCUCCUUCCGGGCCUUACUGGAGGAGGAGGAGAACCGACUGCUCAGACUGGCUCAACCCAGCGUCCAGAGGGGUCCUGGUCCUGGUCCUGGUCCUGGUCCGGGCCCUCAGGGGUCUCCUGUUGGUACAUCCUCCACUCCCAGGAGAGUGACGUUCAGAUGUGCAGGCAGCAGAGAACCCGAGAGACCUGCCGGGCCCUGGGUGCUGAGAGCGGUGGGCAGCCCCCCCCUCCCCACCUCCCCCCUGGUGACCUUCGCCUCCAUCGUGGAGGAGGAGAAACAGCAGGAAGCCGCGCUGAUCCGCAGCCGAGAGAAGCCGCUGGCGCUGAUCCAGAUCGAGGAGCGGGCCAUCCAAGACCUCCUGGUCCAGUACGAGGCGCGUGACAACCCGGACGAGCUGAUAGUGGUGGAGAGGUCUUCCAGAGGUCCGAUGGCAGCGCCCACCUGGAACAAACACUGAUGUUUAACAGCAUGGCCGCCGCCGCUCGCAUUCCCGCAGAGUGACAUCAUCCCCCGCCGUUGGUAGCUUCCCAUCGAAACAUCAUGGCUUCCUCCAGUCCGUGCUGCGCCGCCUCAUCCUGCACGGUGUGAAAUGAGCCCGACCCAAAGCCAUGCUUCCGUUCUGCAGUGUUACUUUACAUAAGGGGGCGUCAAACUCAUUCAGGUUCCACAUACAGACCAAUAUGAUCUGAAGUAAAAUAAUAACAUAAUAACUAGGGCUGCGAUUAACAAUCAUUUUAACCCUUGUGUGGUG